AUGUUAUAAAAUUAAAAUUGAAUUUUAAAUGUUCUAUGAUUGUUAGUUCCUUAUGAUGUAACAUCUAACCUCGAAUUUUGACUUUUAUUCAGAGUUCAUCUGUUUGAAAGUCCUAUAUUUUGAUAAGUAGAAUAAAAUAACAAUAAUAUGGGUCUCAUCAGUUUUGCUGUCAAACUUGGUGUAGCAGGCACCGCUAUUUAUUAUAUGAAGAAAGAGGGACUAUGGGAUGAUAGUGAAGUCUCCCUAAAAGCUUUGGAUAGGUUGAAAGAGGUUUCUCAACCACAUUUGGAACAAAUCAAAGCACAGGUUCCCUUAGAUUUACCAAAGCUACCAGAGACUGAACAAAUGCAUCAAAUGGUUGGAGUGUACUGGAAUAGAGGCAUUCUAGCCACUUUCGACUUUUUACAGCAUCUUCCUACACAUGUUUCAAAUUGGACAGACAAAGGAAUGGAUAUGGCCCUAAAAAAUGAGGAAGUUAAAAAGCUUAUCGAAAAUUUUAAAUUGAGUGAAGCUCCCAAACAACAGUAAAAAAAAUUUGAUAGUAUUGUACAUAGAUAAUUGCAAUAAAUUUUGAUUCAGUGA